AUGACGGGUGAUUUAUUUACUGCGAGAUUUGUAGACUGUCAUUUUGAUGAAAAUGUCUUUCCAAAAUUAGGGGGAGAGAAUAAAAUCUUCCCAAAAUCAGGGGGAGAAAAUAAACAGCUGGAAAGAGAAAUUUCAUGGAAUACAUCUUCAUUGAAUACAUUUGAUCCUCGUACAAGUCAAUGUGACUUAGAAAUUCAGAAAAUAAUUCAUUUACAAGGCAUAGCAAAUCAGUUGCCUGAUGAAUUCACCGAUAUAAAUAGAGUAACUAAAUCACAUAUUCCAGCUAUGAAUGCUCCUGCAAAAAUACAAGUCCCAGAAGGAGAAAUUAUCAAAGCAAACGAGUCAAAACCUCGCUUAAAGCGUGGUAGACCAAUCGGUUCUAAAGAUAAAAAUCCUCGAAAGAGAAAAGGAGCAAACACCCAAAUAGAAGAAGUAAAGUCUCCAACAGAGACUCCAGAAGAGACCCGUGACAUGAUAUAUGAAACCCUAGAAGAGGAAUAG